AUGAAGAACCAAUCACAGAGUGUUUCGGUGCAGUUGAUAGUCUCUCUUGCUGCUGUAGUUGCUGUCAACUCCGCAGUCUGGUGGCAUCGAUCCAAAGUACCUAAACUGGAGAGUGAAGAAACUGCAACGCCAGCAGACCAAGACGCCAGUUUGCGCGACAACAAAACGGCGGACAAUGGCAGAAAUGCAAAGAAAUCAAACAAACAAGGUACCUCCUCAACGAUAAAGGGGAGAAAGCUAGGACGUCCAGACUUGAUGAAGAAGGAUUCUUCCAUUAAAUCACCAAAAAAGUACGUCGCAUCUCCCAAGAAGGGAGUAUUGCAAAGCAAACGCCACACAAUUCCGCAAAUCAACGUAGCACCGAUACAAAAUAGAUCAAGAAAGACUCAGACAAAGAAAUUGAAACCUCGUGUGCGAGAAUCGCUUUUGCCUUGGAAAAGUGCUCGACAAGAUUGCAACGUAGGUGACACCAAAAGCAUCGCAAGCCGACAGAAUGAUCAAUCAGAAAAAAGAAAGCCCACAAAAGUCAGGACUAGUUUGCUGCCACAGAGCUUGAGAGACGAGAACAUAGAUCCACCAUCGGAAACUACAAGAAAGCCAGUCAGAAAGAUUCCACGAGUGCGAGAUAGUCUCUUGCCAGAGAGCAUCCAACCAAAGCACCUGACAGCGACUAACUUUGGUGACGAAGACAGCGUUUGUUCUGCUCGUACUUCUAGAUCGCGUUACCACAUCCACGAGCCACAACAAAAGCAAAAACAGGAAUCGCAGAAGCCUUCAGCUGACGGCCCAUCACUUCAAAAUUGCGUGACCGUAAGGAAAACAACUCGCAGAGAAGAGAGACAUCCUCGAUUGGUGCAUCUCAAUGACUCCAAUGUUUCAACUCGAUCUCCUGUAACGUCUUCUUUGGCUGAGAAAGGGAACAAAACAGCAAUCCAAAGUCCACUCAGAAACGUGAGUAAUACUAAGAGGUCUCGCGUACCUUCCAAAAGAAGGAAAUCAAGGGAGUUGAAGGAAGAGGGAUGGAAGAGUUCCACAGUAUCGAAGCUGCCAAAGGAAACCAUGAAGUCGCCGACGCUUUUGAAGUUGUCGAGCAGACGCAGCGACGUCAGCGACUGUGAUGUACAGUCUCUUUGCAAAGUUUUCGAACAUUGA